AUGUUCAAACAAUUAAUUAAAACAACCUUAACAAAUAGUAGAUCAUUUAGUACCAAUACCGGAAGUGGUAGCAAAAUUGGUAAUAUUAUUGGUAAAAUUGGAAUUGGUAAAUUAAAUCAUGUUGCAAUUGCCACACCAAAUUUACAAGAGUCAAUGGAUUUAUACAAAAAUGUUUUUGGUGCUGAUGUUAGUGAACCAGUGAAUCAAGUUGAACAUGGUGUAACAACAGUAUUUGUUGGAUUAGAAAAUACAAAAAUUGAAUUACUCCAUCCAUUUGGAGAUAAAUCACCAAUUGAAAAUUUUUUAAAAAAGAAUCCAUCAGGUGGUAUUCAUCAUAUUUGUUUAGAAGUUGAUGAUAUUCAUCAUGCAGUCAAAACUUUAUUAGCAGAAAAUGUUAGAAUUAUUGAUCCAACACCAAAGAUUGGUGCUCAUGGUAAACCAGUUGUUUUCUUACAUCCAAAAUCAAUGAAUGGUGUUUUAGUAGAAUUAGAAGAAAAAUAA